GGGGGAGGCGGGGGUAAAGAGGGAGAAGAAAUGGAGAUUGGGGAACGAGGAAGAGAAGAAAUAAGCGAAGAACACUCGACUCCGAUCUGGAGACGCUAUGACCUAUUCGAGUUUUGGGUUUGGAUCUCCUAAAAAACCUACUACCCAUUUGACCAGUGCCCUUUCUCUCUCCUCCAAAUUAAUCUCUCUCUCUCUCUCUCUCUCACCAAAACUAAACUCUCUGGCUCUCUACCUUUUUCCUUCUUUCUUUUCUCUCCCGAUUGUUCGUUUUUUUGGCUCCCCUCUUCGUACUUCUUCCUUCUUCUUCUUCUAUCUCCUCUCUUCUCCAUAUCCCCUCCCCAUGACCGUCCAUUAAAACCCUAAUUUCUUUCUCCCCACCCCCAACAAUCUUCACUCCCUACUCUCGACAGAUACAAAACCGAGCCAGGGGAUUCCUAAACGUACGGAUAUAUGUCCUUCAAUCAAUCCAGGUCGGAGAGGAGCGAUACUCAGUUUCGGAAAUCGGGGCGAUCCGCCAGCUUUAAUCAGCAGCGGAACAACUCAGGCCCUCCUCACGGUAAAGGCGGCGGCCCCGCCCCUUCACCAGCAAAUCUCUCUUCCACCCGCAGAUUCUGGGAUCAGUUUUAGAAAACCUACCAAUGCCCACGGUGGACAAUCGAGGGUAAACGCAUCAGCUGCUAAUUCUGUCGAUUACGCCAGUGCGGUUUCAUCGCAUAAUGUGCAGAAUGGUGCUCGUGUACAACCCCCAUUACAAGGUCUUGCUGACGCGACAGCUGCAAGUGAGGUUGCUAGGGCAACUGAGGCUCCCGUUUCACAGAGGAGCACCCGCCCAGUACCAAAGGCUCCAACUUCUCAAUCUUCCACCUUGACUCCUGAUAGUGGGACACCAGCUACACCUGUCAAGGGUGAUGCGUCCAAGUCAUUCCCCUUUCAGUUUGGCUCAAUAAGUCCUGGUUUUAUGAAUGGGAUGCAGAUUCCUGCUCGAACUAGCUCCGCUCCCCCAAACUUGGACGAGCAGAAGCGCGACCAGGCACGGCAUGAUGCAUAUAGAUCUGCUCCUUCAUUACCAAAUCCAAUACCGAAGCAGCCAGUACCAAAGAAGGAUGCCAGCUCUGCUGACCAAUCCUAUAUUGUGGAGUCUCAUUUAACCCCCAAGACCAAGAAGGACACACAAAUCUUGCCUUCACCACAUGUAAGCCAAAUGCAAAAGCCUUCUGUUCUUCCAAUUCCUAUGACUUCCGUGCAGAUGCCGUUUCCCCAGCCACAGGUAUCUGUGCAGUUUGGUGGGCCAAACCCUCAAAUGCAGUCGCAGGGUGUCACUGGAGCUUCUCUUCAAGUGCCUAUCCCCAUACCAUUAGCAAUGGGAAAUGCUCCACAGGUCCAGCAGCCAAUGUUUGUUCAAGGUCUUCAACACCACCCAAUGCAGGCUCAAGGCCUCAUCCAUCAAGGGCAGAGCUUGAGUUUUACAACUCAAAUGGGUCAUCCAAUGCCUCAGUUAGGGAACUUAGGUAUUGGUAUGUCUCCACAGUAUCAACAACAGCAGGGAGGGAAGUUUGGCGGUCCAAGGAAAACAACUGUGAAAAUUACUGAUCCAAAGACUCACGAGGAGCUGAGGCUGGACAAGCGAGCAGAUGCAUAUGCAGAUGGUGGAACAUCAGGCAUGAGGGCUCAUCUUAACAUGCCUCCUCAAUCCCAGCCGAUACCCUCUUAUCCAUCUUCUCAUACAAUUAACUAUUUCCCCAACUCUUUUACUGCCAGUAAUCUAUAUUAUCCCCCUCCAGGUUCUUUGCCGUUAACCAGUGGCCAAGUGCCUCCUGGGUCUCAGCCACCUAGAUUUAGCUAUCCUGUCAACCAGGCCCCACAAAAUGUUUCAUUUGUAAACCCAUCUGUUACAGCUUCUCAAUCAGGCAGCAAGUCUAGUCCUGCAAUUCAUGGACAUUCAGUGCCGCUGAAUUCUGUACAUGCCCGUGAUGUUUCGAUUUCUAUGUCAGCUGUGUCGCAAGUGGCAGCCCAAUCUCUUUCAAGCCCAACCAAGGAGAAGGCCAUGGAUCCACCUUCAGCUAAUAGCAUUUCUGCUAUUGAUAAAGCUGGGUUACCAAAAUCAUCCAAGCCUUCUGAAGUUGUCUCGUCUCCCCCUCGUGGGGAGACUCAGUCUGGGAUGUCCUCGGGACAAUUGACCCUCGGGACUGAGAUUUCUGGAUCUAAAGCAUUGAGAGUAUCAGCUAAAAAUCCUGCUUCAUCUGCUGGUAAUGCUGUGGUUCCCGAUUCCCUCUCAGCUGCCUCAUGUGAUCAUAAUGAGGGAUUAGCAUCAGCCGCUAGAAAUGCUGAAGUGAGGAGGAAGGAGAACCUUAGCAGAUCCAACUCUAUCAAGGACAAUCAGAAAAAGCCGGUGAAAAAAGGUUAUGUUCAGCCCCAGCAUGAGGUUGGUGUGAAAACUACUUCAGCUUCAAGUUCCUCCACUUCAGUAGCCGCUGAUGGUUUAACUGACAUAAACAAGAAACCAACUCUGAUGGAUUCUUCGUCAGAUCUUACAGAAGUCAUGGUUGGCCAUAUUGAAGGUGGUCCUCCUAAUGGGGUUCCUCUUAAAACUUCUGAUAUUAAAGGUGUAACUGACAUUCCCAGUGUUGUUAAUAUAACUGAGGCUCUGGGGGCAAUAGAAAAAGGAGAAAAUGAAUUACAUAAUGUUGCUAAAUUGGAUGAAAGCAGUUCUGUGCCAUCAUCAGCAGCCACUUCAAAGUAUGCAGACGUUAAUAAUGCCCAGGAGAAAUCUGAUUUGGCAUUGAUGAGUUCUGGCAAUGAGGUUCCUACUGUAGAAACUGUAAAGGAAGUACAGAAUGAACCGGUGACUUGCCAUGCAGAAAUUACCAAGGAAGCAGAUGCAAAGGAUAUUACCUCAUCCACUAGUUUCUGUUCAUCAGAUGCUAUGAAGUUGGAUGGUGACGAAACUUAUGUCAAUGUAAGCGAAACCAAUAUAGCCACUGACAGUGGAGAUUCUUGUGUAAUAUCAAGUACAGCGAAUCAGCUUACUGACUCGGCGUUGAAGCAUGAAGGAGACGACUAUGCCACUGGUGGUAUUUUGUCUUAUGGACAAUCUGGUUAUGUGGAAAAAACCCAUGAAUUGAGUCGAUUGAAGAGUAAUGCUGGUAAAGGUAAGAAGAAGAGGAAAGAAAUUCUUCAGAAGGCUGAUGCAGCUGGCACAACUUCUGACCUCUAUAUGGCUUAUAAAGGUCCUGAAGAAAAGAAAGAGAGUGCAAGUCCUACGGAAACCACAACAGGCUUGCCCACUAGUUCUAGCACAAAGGAGGCAACUGCUGAUGAUGCGCUGCCAUUGGGUUUGACACCAAGUGAUAAAGGAGCAUCAAAUAAACCUGAACCCGAAGACUGGGAAGAUGCUGCUGACAUCUCGACUCCAAAGUUGGAAAGUGUUGACAGUGGGAAGCAGCCUGGCGACAGUUGGUUGCAGCAGGAUGGAAAUGGGAACAUAGACAAGAAAUAUUCCCGAGACUUUCUCUUGAAAUUUUCUGAACAAUGUACUGAUCUUCCUGAGGGUUUUGAAAUUACAGCAGAUAUAGCAGAUGCCUUGAUGAGUCCAAAUGUAGCUCAUCUCGUUGAUCGUGAAGCAUAUCCUAGCUCUGGAAGGGUUGUCGAUAGAUCAAACAGUGGAUCGAGAAUGGACCGGCGAGGUGGAAACAUGGAUGGCGACGACAGGUGGAACAAACAACCAGGUCAUCACGGCUCAGGGAGAGACUUGCGUGUGGAUAUAGGUUAUGCUGCAAAUAUGAACUUCCGGCCUGGUCAAGCUGGAAAUUUUGGCGUCUUGAGGAAUCCACGAGCACAGAGUCCCAUGCAGUAUGCUGGAGGAAUAUUAUCUGGGCCAAUGCAAUCAGUGGGUGCUCAUGGAAUACCUAGGAACAGCCCUGAUGGUGACAGGUGGCAGCGUGCUACCAAUUUUCAGAAGGGAUUAAUUCCUUCUCCGCAGACGCCAUUGCAGGUGAUGCACAAAGCUGAGAGAAAGUAUGAAGUUGGCAAAGUAACUGAUGAAGAACAGGCCAAGCAGAGGCAAUUGAAGGCCAUUUUGAAUAAGCUCACACCUCAAAAUUUUGAGAAGCUUUUUGAGCAAGUGAAGGCUGUUAACAUUGAUAAUGCUGUCACUCUAACAGGUGUUAUCUCUCAGAUUUUUGACAAAGCUUUAAUGGAGCCAACCUUCUGUGAAAUGUAUGCCAACUUUUGUUAUUAUAUGGCCGGGGAUUUGCCUGAUUUCACUGAAGAUAAUGAAAAAAUAACAUUCAAGAGAUUACUUCUGAAUAAGUGUCAGGAAGAGUUUGAGAGGGGAGAAAGAGAGCAAGAAGAAGCUAAUAAAGCUGACGAGGAGGGUGAGACCAAGCUGUCUGCAGAGGCAAGGGAGGAAAGAAGGGUGAAUGCUCGAAGAAGAAUGCUUGGUAAUAUAAGGUUGAUAGGAGAGCUAUACAAGAAGAAAAUGUUGACAGAGAGAAUAAUGCAUGAGUGCAUCAAGAAGUUGUUGGGCCAGUAUCAGAAUCCUGAUGAGGAAGAUGUGGAAGCAUUGUGUAAGUUGAUGAGCACCAUUGGUGAGAUGAUAGAUCAUCCGAAAGCAAAGGAGCAUAUGGAUGCUUAUUUUGACAGGAUGUCAAAAUUAUCAAAUAACAUGAAACUGUCCUCGAGGGUUCGAUUCAUGUUGAAGGAUGCCAUAGAUCUUAGGAGGAACAAAUGGCAACAAAGAAGGAAAGUCGAAGGGCCGAAAAAGAUCGAUGAAGUGCACAGAGAUGCUGCUCAGGAACGACAGCAUCAAGGAGGUAGGGGUUCUCGCAAUCCUAGUACUCCUGCGAGAAGGGGAACAUUGGAUUUUGGUCCCAGAGGGUCGUCUACGCUCCCUUCGCCAAAUUCUCAAGUUGGUAGUUUUCAUGGUUUCCCCAGUUCACGUGGAUUCCCCAGUCAGGAUGUUCGGUAUACUAAUGAUGAUAGACAGUCUUAUGAGGCAAAGGCCCUAUCAGUUCCCUUGCCUCAAAGACCUCUUGGCGACGACUCUAUAACUUUGGGUCCACAAGGAGGCCUUGCUAGAGGAAUGUCGGUUAGAGGCCCUCCAGCGGCAAUUACAGCCAGUCCAGUGACUGAUAUUGCUGCAUCGCCAGGUGAUUCUAGAAGAGUGGGGCCCCGUUUGAAUGGUUUUAACAGUGUUUCUGAGCGUCCUAUUAAUGCCCCAGCGGAAGAUCUUGUGCCGAGAUAUGUUCCUGAUAGAACUAACGUUCCGGCUUUAGAUCAAUCAGCUCCUCAAGAUCGUAAUGUGAAUUAUGUUAACAGGGAUGCUCGAAAUACGGAUCAUGAUUCUGAUAGAUCUCAUGCUAUAUCACCUCAGGCUACUGUUGGUAGCCAUAAUGCAGCUUCAGAAAAUGCAUGGCCGGAAGAGCGCCUAAGAGAUAUGUCAAUGGCAGCUAUAAAAGAAUUCUACAGUGCCCGAGAUGAGAAAGAAGUGGCCCUAUGCAUAAAAGACUUGAACUCUCCAGGGUUUCAUCCUUCAAUGAUCUCACUCUGGGUCACAGAUUCCUUUGAGAGGAAAGAUAUGGAGAGAGACCUCCUAGCUAAGCUAAUUGUAAGCCUUGCAAAGUCUCAUGAGGGAGCACUGACUUCAGGCCAGCUUGUUGAAGGUUUUGAGUCGGUGCUAAGUACAUUGGAGGAUGCUGUGAAUGAUGCCCCUAAAGCUGCAGAAUUCCUGGGACGCGUCUUUGGACGAGUUGUGGUGCAAAACGUGGUGCCCCUGAGGGAGUUGUGCCGGUUAUUGAAGGAAGGCGGGGAGGAACCUGGGCAGUUACUGGAGAGUGGGCUAGCUGGAGAUGUUCUUGGAAGCACUUUGGAGAUGAUAGAAGCAGAAAAAGGGGAGAGUGGGUUGAAUGAGGUAAAAUCUGGAUCCAGUUUACGGUUGGAGGAUUUCUUGCCUCCACAGCCCAGCAGAUCAAGGAUACUAGAAAGAUUUAUUUAGACAACAUAUCAUAUGAGUACAGGGAGAGAGAAAGAGAGCCAUCGGGGUCGGGUUGUAUGUUUGUUAGAGAAAGGGAAAUUCCAGUCUGUUAGUCAGUCCUGCUGCUCUUGGGUUGUACUUCAAUUUGAGUAUGUAGUAGGGAAAGUUGUUAAUUUUUGAAUGUGGGUUGGGGUCGGGCGGGGGCUUUAACUGGCUGGCUUUUUUCUGGCUUCCAAAUGUAAUGAGGCGCUGGAGGGUUUUCCUUCCCUUCUCCAUCAGCUCGGUGGCUUAAUAUCAUUCAUUCUUGAAAAAUGUUAUUACUUUCAUAUCUGUGAUAAACAAGGGCGGGUUUAACAGGUUUUCAUUUCCAACGCAAACGAAUUGCCAGCCUUUUAGUGGCCGAUAUUACUUAGUGUUGUAAAAUUGUGUAGGUGCUCCCGAACUGUAUGUUUUACAAGUUGAGAUCGUAUUGAUGCCAGUAUUCACGACCAAACAAUGUCUUGUAUUUUAUUAGCUCAAGUUCAUUUUCUACAACUGUAAUAUCCAGAAAUAAUUCUUUUGACAUGCUCAGGAGAUGACUAAUUCCAGAGAUCUCCAUUCAGUACAGACGUUUUGCAGCUC